AAUGCGGUCGAGGUUGUCUGGCUGCCCGUCGGCCUCGGCAUCGUCACUCCACGUCCGCUCACGAUUGUAGGUGCUGAACCGGGCCGGACACCGGCGGCCUGUUCAUCUCAUAUCGUCUGAGACCGGUUCAAACAAGCGGUGGCACUCUCGUAACUUUCUUAAAAGUUAUGACCCUUCUUCCAGCUGACACCGGGCUAGAGUCAAAUCGGCCUUGCAUUUGCAUUCCACGGUUCCGCACUCGGCGGCAGCAGUUCGCACACCUCACUCUUCGCCGUUCGUGCCCCCAAACGCUCCAACUUUUUCGUGCCCCAUCCUUCUUUCGGUUAGUUGCUCGUCGCCUCUGCUCCUAUUCCGACUCGGUAAUCUCAAAGAACUAGGCUUCAGGCUUCCGUGUUCAAUUUCGUGAUCCCUCCCUAGUUUUCCUGCGGUAUCUGGUGGUCAGAUCUCGCCUUCAACAGUUCCAAUCAGAUCAGGAGCAUCGCAAUGCGGUCACCGUCCCUGCUCUCGCAGUGCCUGGCUGGCUUACUAUCACACGAUAGGACUACAGCCCACUGUGUCAACAUUGUGCCAGAGAGGGAACCGCACCUACCCUCCCCAGCAGUUGAGAUCGUCCCAUCAAAGAAUGUGCAUCCAUACAAGUAUGCAGGCGAAAAUAUUGAAUUGCACGGCAUGAAUAUAUUCAAGGGAAAGAUCAGUGUACUUGAUAUUGUUGGACUAUCUAAAUCAGAUAUUAUAACAUCAAAAGGUGAAGGCCCUUUGAAAUGCUGGGAAAGUUCCAUUGAUCUAGUAAAUGUACUUAAAGAUGAGAUACGUGAUGGCCUAUUGACAUUCAGAAGCAAACGGGUUUUAGAGCUUGGUUGUGGAUACGGGCUUCCUGGCAUAUUUGCUUGCCUCAAGGGAGCUUCAACAGUGCAUUUUCAGGAUCCUAGUGCUGAAACAGUGAGGUGCAAAACAAUACCGAAUGUACUUGCUAACCUUGAACAGGCUCAAGAGAAACAGAAUCACCAUCAAGGAAGCCCCCUUACUCCAUCCCAGCAGCAACUACCUCAAGAUAUUCAUUUCUAUGCCGGGGAGUGGGAGGAGCUUCACACAGUUCUGUCAAUAAUUCAGGAAGACGAUGUGGAUGCAUCCUCAGGUAUAGGGCUAGGGUUCUGUGAAGAUGACCUUUUGGAUGGGUACAGCAGUCAGGAUGGGAAUAAUAUUUGCUAUGAUACUUCGUCAAGAAGAUCAAGAAAACUAUCAAGCAGUCGUGCAUGGGAGAGGGGAAAUGAGACUAGCACAGGAGACGGUGGAUAUGACAUAGUGUUGGUCAAUGAGAUCCCUUACUCUGCGAGCUCUCUUCAAAACCUCUAUUCGCUCAUAAAAAAGUGCCUGAGGCCACCAUAUGGAGUACUUUAUCUUGCUGCCAAGAAGAACUACAUUGGUUCAAGCAGUGCGGUGCGGCAGCUGCGAGCAUUAGUGGAUGAAGAAGGCACAUUCGGCGUGCACCUUGUUUCUGAGCCCCCUGAGAGGGAGAUCUGGAAAUUCUUCUUCAAAUAGAUCAAAAUGCUCAACGUGGCAUGACUUAGAAGAGAGAAAAGUUUCGAUGUGGCUGCUCAAAUCGCAGAGGCUCAUGAAACUCCAGUUUUGUAAAUAUUAGCGGUUCCAGAUCAGUUUCUUACGAUUUUCGGGAUCUCGUUUCCCUUCUUUUUCAUUUUAUUUCUGGAGUGUGCUGUUGAUUAUGUUUGAGUCUAUGGCGCUUGAAUCGCCAAAUGCCGCUAUAGCUGACUAGUUCAUUGUGAUUUACUGUCACGUGUUCCAUACUUAAAUGUCGAUUGCAAUCAGAUCUGAUAUGAAUCUCAGAAGUA